UUAUUACUUUUCCAACACUACCCCUCUUUGGUAUUCUCUGCAAAGUAUCAUUCAGGUGGUGGUUUGAAUUGGAGAAGAUGGUAAGCGUUUCAGCAAACGAUCUUCAGUUCUUCUCCGGUAUUCAACACCUUGCUGAAACUCGUCGUUUCAAGGCAUGGUUUCUAGAUCAAUUUGGAGUUCUUCAUGAUGGAAAAAAGCCGUACCCAGGUGCUAUAUCAACAUGUAUGUUAUGAUUGGUUACUUUUGUAAGUAUUUGUGGAAAAGCUAGCCAAAACUGGGGCUAAGAUGGUGGUUAUAAGUAACUCGUCAAGACGAGCAUCUGUGACAACUGAGAAAUUGAGAAAUUUGGGAUUUGAUCCUAACCUUUUUUUAGGUUCCAUCACCAGUGGAGAAUUGACGCAUCAAUACCUUGAAAGGCGAGAUGAUCCUUGGUUUGCAGCGCUUGGAAAGUCAUGCAUCCACUUGACCUGGGGUGACCGGGGUGCCAUAUCUCUUGAUGGUCUAGACCUGAAAGUUGUGGAUAAUGUUGAAGAGGCUGAAUUCAUUUUGGUCCAUGGCACUGAAGCACUGGGGCUUUCUUCUGGAUCUGCUGUUCCGAAGCAACUGGAAGAGCUUGAAAAAAUAUUGGAACAAUGUGCUUUAAGAAAAAUCCCUAUGGUAGUGGCCAAUCCAGACUAUGUAACUGUUGAGGCCAGAGCACUUCGAGUUAUGCCUGGAACGCUUGCAGCAAAAUAUGAGCAACUUGGUGGAGAAGUCAAGUGGAUGGGAAAGCCUGGAAAGAUUAUCUACGAAUCAGCCAUGGCCAUGGCAGGUGUGGAUGCACCAGAAUCCAUUGCUGUAGGAGACUCACUGCACCAUGACAUAACGGGUGCAAAUGUCGCUGGAAUGCAGUCUGUAUUCAUCACAGGAGGGAUCCAUGCGGAUGAGCUUCGACUUCACCAAUUUGGUGAAGUAGCUGAAGCUUCAAAAGUGCAGGAGCUGGCAUCCAAAUGUGGCGCUUAUCCCACCUAUGUUGUACCUGCUUUCUCCUGGUGAGAGUAUAACUUGGAAGAGUACAUUUCUCUCUUACUGAAUUACUCGCUCCAAGAAGUUGUACUUGAUCAUGAAAAAUACCACCUGAACCUAUACAAUGUAUCUCUUGGCUUGUUUGAAAAGGCAAUGUCAAAUGUACUUUUGAAGUCAGCCUUAAUCUUCUUUCGUUAUUUUUAAUGGUGGGUUUUGGGGAAAUGUAUGUUGUUUUUUACAUAUUGCUUUUAAAUAACAUUUACACAAAGUAUUUUUGAAUUUUAUCUUUAUUUGUCGUUAUAUGGCUCU